GAAAUUAAAGCUCAACAGCCGAGCUGAGUGCAAGAUGUAACGAGCUAUCGUUUUCGUUGUUAUGUUGAUGCGUCUCCGUACUUCGCUCAUUCGCGAAUUUCAUAUGCCCGUUGUCGACGGUCCUAAAACAUAAGACUGGUUUAAUUUCGCUUUUUGUAAAAACAACGUGCAAUGGAAAAGUGUGAGAAACCACUGUCAAAUCCGGGCAAGUGGCGGCAGUUCCUCGCCGCGAUAAUUGUGAAUAUCUUGAUGAUAGCAUACGGCAUAAUAAUCGGAUUUCAAUCACCGUUCGCUCCGCAGCUACAGAGUUCAUCUCCACCUGUAGGAAGUGAACCCAUGACGGACGAAGAUGUGUCUUGGUUGAGUAGUAUUUUGUGUUUGAGCGGCCUUUUGAUGACUGUAUUAUUAUCGAUAAUACCCGAUAGAUACAGUCGAAAGCGAUUUGGUUACCUGUUAGCGUUGCCAUUGUUUAUUUCUUGGCUGAUAAUCGUUUUCGCCACCGAGCACAUACACAUCUAUAUAAGUAGAUUUUUAUGUGGUAUAUGUGGUGGUGGUUUAUUGUUUUUCGUGCCAAUGUACGUGUCGGAGAUUUCAGACGACAGCAUACGCGGUCUAUUAGGAAGUGUACUGGUGUUCGCCAUAAAUUUAGGCAUAUUAUUGGCUUAUAUCCUGGGCGGCAUGUUGUCUUUGAGGGUCUUCGCCAUGAUUAAUUUGGUAAACCCUGUGUUGUAUCUUAUCGCUUUUACCUUGAUCCCAGAAUCACCAGUCUACCUGGUGCGUCAGAAUCGUAUACGAGAAGCGGCUAGGUCUUUGAUAUGGUUAAAAGCUGGAGAUAGUUUGGUAGCGGAACGUACAUUGUCGUAUCUGCAGGCGAAAAUAAACCAAACUGACACGGUCACAAAGUCCAAAUGGUCGGAUUUAUUUCGGGAUAGAGCAACGAUCAAAGGAUUGAUAAUUGUCUGCGGUUUGUUCUUUGGACAACAAUUAUGCGGAAUCUUCGCGAUGCUCACUUAUACAGAAACCAUAUUCGAACUAUCUGGCAGCUCGUUAUCCCCGAACGCAGCAUCUAUCAUUGUUGCGACUAUGCAACUUUUAGGCUCGUUCCUGACGUCGAUCUUAAUAGAGCGCGCGGGUAGACGGUUGUUGAUUCUCGUAUCCUGCGCAGGAAUGGUUUUAUGCCACAGUGUGGUCGGCACGUUCUGCUAUUUCCAAGAGUUCGGAUAUGACGUAUCCGUUUUUGGUUGGGUGCCGCUAGUCGCAUUGUCCACUUUUAUGGUGAUAUAUUCCUUAGGAAUGGGCGGUGUGCCCAUCAUCGUGACGGCAGAGAUAUUUAGCCGUGAUAUAACUAGUCUGGCAACAUCAGUAGGCUUGUACUGCCUUUGGAUCGGUGCUUUCAUCAUGGUAAAGGUGUUUUCCAAUUUAAUUGUUUUGUUUGGCAUGUACGGCAGUUUUUACUUUCUCGCCAUCUCGUGCGCAUUGAGCUUCCUAUUCAGCUUCGCGUUACUACCGGAGACCAAAGGACGGCUACGCGAGGAUGUAGUGAAUGAACUCAACGGGAAACAAUGUACAAAGAGUGAGAACAACGCGAAGCACAUCGUUGAUACACACUCGAUACACGCGGUUCAUGUGUGAAGAUAUUAUUGCAUGCAUAUAUCUAAUUAGUACUUAAAAAUGCUGGGCGAAGAAGAGGCAAAUUAAUAUCAUAUGUAUAUUUUUUACUGUAUAAUUUUUCACGAAUCUGUUCGCUAAUGUUUUCUUGAAUCUUUACUAGUUUUUACAUCUAGCUCAUUGUAUUUAUUCGACGCUUGUAGUUUGGAAUAUUUUCUUAGCACUUCUUAAGUAUUUAUUUUAUACGUGUGUUAUAUGAAGUGUUUUUCCAAUUUACAAUUUAGUCUACAGAAAAGAUAAGUUAUGUAAAUCAAAUAUGUACGUUUUUAUGUUCAUUUGUGAUAAGUUUAAAGAGGAAAUUUCCUUUUAAAAAGGAGUCUUAUAAACUAAACCAAAUAAUGUUAUAUACAUAUAUACAUAGUAUAUUACACGUAUGUUAUAUUAAUUAAAACUUUUUAAUGUAAAGGAUUCAGACAUUUAUAUACAAUAGAAUUAACAUUUUUUACAUAUUAAUGUACAUAAGCGUACAUUGUUUGAAGAAUCAAGUUUACAUGUUUUUGUGCAAAACAUUAUAUAUAGGUAACGAUUAUUAUUUACGUUAAUCUCCGAUCCACAAAUAUUACUCUUAACUUCCCUUUAAUUGUUCACGUAAAAUGUUAAAACAUUUUAUUUAAUAAUUAAAAAUUAAAGAGAAAAAA